GCUACUGAUUGGACGCGAGUUAUUGCAUUUUGUGAACGAAAUGAUCUCUUUAUGAAACAUCUUGUUUUUGCCUAUUAUUAUAUAAAUGCUUUAUUCAAGCGAAAGUUAUACUUCGAAAUAUUAAAAUUGAAAUUGGGAAAUUUGAUAUAUCGGUUUUUUCAUUUUCCUUCUUUUUUAUCUGAUUUGGAUUCUGCUAUGAUAAAACAAUUAUUUAAGCUGGAAGCAUGCAUAUUAAUUCUUAUUGGCAAAACAUACCUUAUGACUCAAAAUCGACAUAAUGCUCAGCUCUAUCUUCGUAGUGCUUUUACAAAAGAACCAACGGCAAUAGAAGCAUUGGAUAUUAUAAAAAAAUACAAUUUAAUUCCAAAGCGAUUUAAGGAUUGUAUUCUUGUUCACAUCGCAACUCUUGUGCAGUUGCAUAAGUGUGAUCAAUUGUUUAUGCUUGCACAUCAAUUGGUUGAUAGCGAACCAGAUAGUGAAAUAAGUUGGUACACAGUAGGAUGUUAUUAUUAUGCUGCUAAUCAGCCUCAUAAAUGCACAAUAAUGAAUCCAUUGUUUGGAGAAGGUUGGAUUGCAUUUGGACAUGUACUUACAGCAGAAUCUGAGCAUGAACAAGCAAUGAAUUGUUAUUUAAGAGUUUGUCCAAAAUUUUAUUUAGAUUUCAAAAUGUUUGAAUAUUUUCUUAAAGAUGCAGCAGAUGUAGCCGGUGAUAGUGCCUUGGUCUUACAUGAGCAAGGAUGUAUAUAUUACAUGAAAAAGGAUUGGAUUACCUUGCGACUUGCAUAUAAUGAAACAAAUGAGAAUAUUUCUCUUGUUGAUUUAAUUUCUCGGCCUCUUAGUGAUUUUUGGGAGCCUUUGAUCAAUAAUCUUGGCCAUGUUAAAAGGAAACUUGGAUAUUUUAGUGAAGCAGUAAAAUUUCAUCAAAAAUCAUUGCUAAUGUGCCCGAGAAGAUCUGGGGCAUUGAGUGCUUUAGCUUUUUCUUUAGCUUGUGAAGGCGAACUGGAAUUGGCGAUUCAAUACUUUCAUGAAGCUCUCGUAGUAAAUCCUGAAAAUCAGGUAUUACUAAAUUUAUUGACGUUUCUUAUUUAA